GAGCGCGCGGCCGGGAGCGACGCUGGCGGCUGCGGCGGCGGAGCUGCGGGCCGGGAGCCGGCGCGGGUCUCUUGGGUAAGCGAAGAGCCGCGCAUUGCUGAGCCCGCCGCCCGCCGUGGAGCCAUGGAGAUCGGCACCGAGAUUAGCCGCAAGAUCCGGAGUGCCAUUAAGGGGAAAUUGCAAGAAUUAGGAGCUUAUGUUGAUGAAGAACUUCCUGAUUACAUUAUGGUGAUGGUGGCCAACAAGAAAAGUCAGGACCAAAUGACAGAGGACCUGUCCCUGUUUCUAGGGAACAACACAAUUCGAUUCACCGUAUGGCUUCAUGGUGUAUUAGAUAAACUUCGCUCUGUUACAACUGAUCCCUCCAGUCUCAAGGCUUCUGAUACCAACAUCUUUGAUAAUAACGUGUCUUCAAACAAGAGCAGUUUCGGUCGGGGAGACGAGAGAAGGCAUGAAGCUGCAGUGCCACCCCUCGCAGUUGCUAGCACAAGACCUGAGAAAAGAGAUUCCAGGGUUUCUACUAGUUCACAGGAGCAGAAAGCCACUAAUGUUAGACAGACUUAUGAUGAUGGAGCUGCAACCCGAUUAAUGUCAACUGUGAAGCCUCUGAGGGAGCCAGCACCCUCUGAAGAUGUGAUUGAUAUUAAGCCAGAACCAGAUGAUCUCAUUGAUGAAGACCUCAAUUUUGUGCAGGAGAAUCCCUUAUCUCAGAAAAAACCGACAGUGACACUUACGUAUGGUUCUUCUCGCCCUUCUAUUGAAAUUUAUCGACCACCUGCAAGUCGAAAUGCAGAUAGUGGUGCUCAUUUAAACAGGUUGCAAUUUCAGCAGCAACAAAACAAUAUUCAUGCUGCCAAGCAACCUGAUUUACAGAACAGCCGGGUAUAUGAAACAGGACGUUUGUGUGAACAGGAAGUGCUUAACAGCUUAGAAGAGACUUAUAGUCCCUUCUUCAGAAACAACUCAGAAAAAAUGAGUAUUGAGGAAGAAAACUUUCGGAAGAGAAAGUUGCCUGUGGUAAGUUCAGUUGUUAAAGUAAAAAAAUUCAAUCAUGAUGGAGAAGAGGAGGAGGAAGAUGAUGAUUGUGGGUCUCGUACAGGAAGCAUCUCCAGCAGUGUGUCAGUGCCAGCAAAGCCUGAAAGGAGACCUUCACUUCCACCUUCUAAACAAGCUAACAAGAAUCUAAUUUUGAAGGCUAUAUCUGAAGCUCAAGAAUCUGUAACAAAAACAACUAACUAUUCUACAGUCUCACAGAAACAGACACUUCCAGUUGCUCCCAGAACUCGAACUUCUCAAGAAGAAUUGCUGGCAGAAAUGGUCCAGGGGCAAAGCAGGACCCCCAGGAUAAGUCCUCCCAUUAAAGAAGAGGAAACAAAAGGAGAUAAUAUAGAAAAAAGCCAAGGAGCUCCACAGAGGCAGUUGUUAUCCCGACUACAAAUCGACCCAGUAAUGGCAGAAACUCUGCAGAUCAGUCAAGAUUACUAUGACAUGGAAUCCAUGGUCCAUGCAGACACAAGAUCAUUUAUUCUGAAGAAGCCAAAGCUGUCUGAGGAAAUAGUAGUGGCACCAAACCAGGAGUCGGGGAUGAAGACUGCAGAUACCCUUCGGGUACUUUCAGGACACCUUAUGCAGACACGAGAUCUUGUACAACCAGAUAAACCUGCAAGUCCCAAGUUUAUAGUGACGCUGGAUGGUGUCCCCAGCCCCCCAGGAUACAUGUCAGAUCAAGAGGAGGACAUGUGCUUUGAAGGAAUGAAACCUGUAAACCAAACUGCAGCCGCGAGCAAGGGACUCAGAGGUCUCCUCCACCCACAGCAGUUGCAGUUGAUGAGCAGGCAGCUUGAUGACCCAAAUGGUAGCUUUGCAAAUGCUGAGAUGAGUGAACUGAGUGUGGCCCAGAAACCAGAAAAACUUCUGGAGCGUUGCAAGUACUGGCCUGCCUGUAAAAAUGGGGAUGAGUGUGCUUACCAUCAUCCUGUUUCACCUUGCAAAGCCUUCCCCAAUUGUAAAUUUGCUGAGAAGUGUUUGUUUGUUCAUCCAAAUUGUAAAUAUGAUGCAAAAUGUACUAAACCAGAUUGUCCCUUCACUCAUAUGAGUAGAAGAAUUCCAGUACUGCCUCUAAAACCAGCAGUUACAACACCAGCACCACCUUCUAGUAGUCAGCUGUGCCGUUAUUUCCCUGCUUGUAAGAAAAUGGAAUGUCCCUUCUAUCAUCCAAAACACUGCAGAUUUAACACUCAGUGUACCAGACCUGACUGCACAUUUUAUCAUCCCACCAUCACUGUACCGCCACGACAUGCCUUGAAAUGGAUUCGACCUCAAACCAGUGAAUGACAGUGCUACUUGGGAGAAGAUUGUGGAGUUUGAAAGUUUCCAUCUACUGAUGAAAGAUACUCUGCAGAACUUGUCAAACCUUUGAAACUUGGAAUAUAUAUUGCUUUCAUAAUAUGAAGUUUAUUGCCUA